GGUGGGAAGGCGGCGCUGAUGACGGCUGAAGAUCGCCGGAGAAGACACUAAUGGCAGCGGAAGAAGGAGAAGAAAAUCAUGAUAUGCAUGGAGAGUUAUAUAACAUGAUGGACGUGUAUAGGAAUGAGCAUGAGAUGUCAGUCAUGGUUUCAGCUUUGACUCAUGUUGUUUCCGGUGAGCCGGAGUUUGGUGGUGGUGGUGGUGGUUUUGUUGGAGCUCCGGUGAGCUCUGGUUUCAUUGAUACUGUUACUACUGUCUCUUCUUCUUCUUCUUCUAUUACUACUACUAGUGCUUUGAGUUUAAGGAAUAAGAGAACAAGGGAGAUGGAAGCAGUGCAACAGUUUGAUAUGAAGUAUUAUUUAGAGAGUUUUGGAGAGUUUGGUGGACAUGCAGGGGAUUCUUCUUCUUUUUCAUCAUCAUGUUCUUCUUCAAUGGUUGCAGCAGCAGCAGCAAAAGAACAAAACCAAGAAAGCAUGCAAACAAUAUCACAAGUAACAUCAUCUUCAGAAGAAACAUGCAACAAAGAACAAGUCCAACAAGAAAGAAGAAGAUACAGAGGAGUACGGCAACGUCCAUGGGGAAAAUGGGCAGCUGAGAUUAGAGAUCCUCAUAAAGCUACUCGUGUUUGGCUUGGAACUUUUGAAACUGCUGAAGCUGCUGCAAUGGCUUAUGAUCAAGCUGCUCUUCGUUUCCGUGGAAACAGAGCUAAACUUAACUUCCCUGAAAAUGUUCAUCUUUAUCCCACUCCUCUUCUUCCACUUCCUUCUUCUUCUUCUUCUUCUUCUUCUUCUUCUUCUUCUUCUUCUUCUUCUCUUUUUCAUUUUCACACUUCUUCUCUCCCACCUCCUACUCCUCUUCUUGACCAGUUAUGGAAUCCAAAUCCAGUGUUGAUUACUACUACUACUACUGCUACUGCUUCUUCUUCUUCUUCUUAUGAUGAUGAUGAUGGGGGUGCUCUGUUUUACAUGCAAACAGAGCAGCAACAGCAGCAGAGAGGGGGGAUUUCAUUUUCAAGAAGACCUCCAUGGCCAUGGUCUUCAAGCUUUCCACCACCUUCUCAAUAGUUUUUUCUUUUUUUUUUGUUUUUUGUUUUUUUUUUAAUGGAAUUUUACUUUGUUUAUGGGAUUUUAUUAUGUGUUGAAGA